UAGUGCGUGCCUUGCGUGCGUGGGUGGGUGGGUGUCUGUUGGCGACCGCCAACACGCUCGUGCACACCGCGCGAUUUCUCCGCGCGCGCCCUGCCCUGCCUCGCGAGCGCGAGCCGCCGCCGCGGUCGAACUGAUAUAUACCGUGUAUACGCGCCACCCGACGCGCGGCCUGCGUCGCGGAGUCUCGUCGUCGCCCGGAGUCGUGGUGACCCGGCGUCGUCGCACGCGCACACGUUGUACGUACACGUACGUCGCCCGAGUGGAAGGAGAGAGAGAGAUAGAGAGAGAGAAAAAAAGAAAAUGAAAUAUGUCGCCCCUCCGUCUGGAGGAUUCGACGCCGCUGCCCGCGCACCAGUGACUGGUCCGCUGGUACGAUGACAACACCGCGACCGUGCCAACGACGGAUGAUUGCACCGGAGUACGGUCACGCGCUCACGCCUCCCGCGUGCCUCGUUGGGGAAUAAACGUCAGGCGAAACGGGUGUUUCUCGCGUGCCGAGCCGAACCUGCGUGCGUGUGUGUCUGUCAGCCAUCAUGAUCGCCCGCGAGUCAUGACUUCUGUGCAGCUCCACAAUUUCUGACGUCUCGCCCUCCCCCCUACCCCUCCACCCCCACCCGGAGAGUGGCAUGUGUUUUGACCGCCUGUCGUCCACGUGCCUCAGACGUUUGUAAACUGUAAGGGUCCUCGUUUUCCUCGGGAGGAUCGAGAGAGAAGGAGAUUUCGGGCAGGAGUGACGAGGAUGUGUCCCUCGUCACCGACUCUUGAACACCUGGAUGUUUCAGGUUUAAAUCUCUGAGAGAGAGAAUCAACAGGUUCUCCUAUCCCUAGUUGGUGUCUCACGUUGAUAAGUCCAAGUAUGAGAGGUCCAGCGGAGGAAAAUGGAUACCGGUAAAGUAUCAGCAUGCGCGAAAAGUCAGCAGAAUGCCAUGCUCACGCAGGUCACGUGAGGGGCACGACAGAGAUGUGCUCGCGUGAUCCACCUACAUUGCACCCGACCCUCGCCAAGGCAAACGGUAAAAAUUCAAGUCCCCAGCCAGCUCAUCACACGGAGGCGCAACGUAUCGACGGCGCUCUGCUGCCAACCCCUGGUGGUCGCCUGAAGUUCUUCAAGGAUGGAAAGUUCAUCCUGGAAUUGUCUCAUCGCAGGGACGGUGAGAAGACUACGUGGUUUCCCGUGCCGAAGAAAACCUUCUGGCCACCCGCCAGCACCAUCCCGAAUCGACAGGAGAGCUCCACUUCCCUCAGUGUUUCCGAUGACAAUUCGUCGGUCCAAUCCAGUCCUUGGCAGAGAGAUCACUGCUGGAAGCAGACCCAUCCCCGACGCAGGAUAACCACGGAGUUCAAUUUUUAUUAUCGUCGAAACCCGAGGACUCGCCUGUGCGCGCAUCUUCGCCUGAUAGCGAGGAAACGCAGACGCCCGUUGGAUUCCACGACCGUGGUCCCAGUUCCGGAAUCGACGGCCUAUCCGGCGAGAACGUCGCGGAAAUUGAAUGGCACGUCGUCGUCGCCGUCGUCGUCGUCGUCGUCGGGCAAAGUGCUGAGCCUGAUCAUCGAUAAGCUGGCGCGCCUGCUGGAUCCUAACGUCGUGUCACCUCGCAAGCGCAUACUGCGAGAGCUCGAGAGAGUCUCGCUGGAGGAUCAGGCGUCCAAGAGACGGGCCACGCCGCAGCCGGUUUGCACGACGAGCGCGCCGCCGACUCCCUCCUCGAAGCAAGUGUCGUCGUACAGUAUAACGAGUAUCCUGGGGGAGGACAAGCCGAGUCCCGAGCCGGGUUUCCUGAGGACACUGCUGAAGCCGGACGACCGGCAGCCUGUGAAAUACUCAUCGACCAACGCCUACCCGAGGGUACGAAUCGAUCCCUACAUCGGAUCCAGCAAUACGUCCGUACACCAUCCGCUCUACGGGAUACCGAUGUUGCCUGGACCGUACAGGGCGGCGCCUUUAUGGAUGGCGCCUCAUUAUCCAUCUCCCGUCCACUAUUCGCCUCCUAUGCAGUUGUACGCAUCGCCGCAUUCUCAUCCAUUGUCCCCACAUUACAAAGACUACAGGGAACAAACUCUCACACCUCCUUCAGAUACGCCUCUGAAUCUGUCGAAGCAUGCGGGUUGAAUCUCAGGAUCCCAAUAGAGUUGGUGCCUUACGAGUGGACAAGAUACUACGCAAACACUGCCCGUGCAACGACAAUGCGAUAUAUAUUAGUAUUUUUUUAUUCAUAAAACAAUAGUAUCUUAGCAAGUAGAGAAAGAGAAGAGAGAGAGAGAGAGAGAGAGAGCGAGCGAGAGAGAGAGAGACACAGGUACAGGAUGAAGCCAGGUAGAUUGGAUUUUGGGAGAGCUAUACUUGUACAUACAAAUGCAUAAAUUUGUCAAUGGCGGCAUAGGUAUUUUAUAUUAAUAUUACGCAAGAUUCAAAAAGAAAAAAGGAAAAAAAUCGUGAGUGGUAAUAUACAAAAACGUUAUGGAUAAAAAAAAAUGCAACUGUGUGUGUAUUACACGUGUUUUAUCGUUACGCGACCUGCGAGUAAAGCCGCGUAAAGUAAGAAAAGAAAAGAGAGAGAAAAAAAAAGAAUCGGUGCGCGAUUUUUUAAAAUUAUUUAAAACGAUCGUAAACUCACUGUAUAUGUAGUCGACGCGGGAAUGUGUCGGCAGUCGAACGAGUGUCAUUCGUACGUUUUUAUUUUCGACAUUGCUAUUCGUAUUUUGUAUAUCGCGGACGAGGACGCGGGUGAGCACGCGCGUCGUAAGCCUGUGCACGAGCAGGUCUCAUCCUGUGCAUCUCAUUUAUGCAUUUUCCCGUUAUUCUUAUAACGUUACUUGUCAUUAUUAUCAUUAAUGAAAAAAAAA